AUGGCUGCUGAAAAAAAGGCUCGGACCUCCAACGGAGGCUCCGCUGAGAACUUGGUGGCAGCAGCAUCCCCCCUGAAUGAUCGGGGCAGAUCGAUGAGCCCAGUCCAAACGGUGAGCACAACUGCUGCGCAAAGCAGAUCUGCGUCAGGCGCCAUGACUCACCGAGGAGCCAUUCCUCAUGCCUGGGCCAGUGGAGAGGGACCGGCAGCAUCACCAAGGACACCCCGCCACCCGGUUGGGUCAGAGCUGCGCCUGGGCGUCGUGGUGGCUGAGCUGCAGCGGCAGGGCGCGGAGGACCGGCGCCUGGUGCAGCGGCAGCUGGACCACCUCGACCGGCGCCUCCAGGAGCAGCUUGCCAUGCCGGCAGCCAGCCGCGAGCGCUGGGCAGACCUUCAGGGCAGCGUCACGGGGCUGCUGGAGGAGGUCGCCGGACUGGUCCGGCGCGUGGAAGGCCUCGAUGAGAAGCUGAGGAUCCGCACCGCAUCGUGCGAGGAGCUGCUGCGGCAGCGCACGCGGGAGGUGGAACAGCAGGUCCACAGCCAGCAGCAGAAGGUGCAACUGGCCGUCUCCACCUUUGAGGAGAUGUCCAAGCGCCAGACGGCAAAGCUCCGAAAGGUAGUCCAGACCUCCGAGGAGCACGCGCGACGAAUGGCCACCUUAGAGGAAGCUUACCGGCGUCCUCAGGACACAACGAUGAGAUUGGAGGGGCGGCUUUCGGAGUUGGAAGGCCAACAGGCGAGCUUGGAAGAAGAGUUCCGCAAUGUGGCCGCGUCGACUGCCAGCCAGCGACUGGACUCCUUGAGUCCCAGCAGGCGAGCGGCGCCCAUCGUGCAUGCAGAUGACCCGGGCUACGAUGUCGUCCGCGCUUUGGAGACGGAGCUGGCGACUCUCUCCAAGCACUUGGCGAGCCAGCUCGACGACCACUCGUCGGCAUUAGCCAGCCUGCGAGUACGCACGGACGGCCAGGAGCAGCGCUUGGUAGCGGCGGGCGAACGCCUGGAGAAGGUGGUGAGCCCGACCUUGGAGGCCCUCCGUGCGGAGAUGCAGCAGCUGAGAAUGGCAGAUCGCUCCGAGAUGGACCAGCGCUUCGAGCACCUUGCAAGGAGGCUGGCAGACAGCAACGAGGAGGCCAUGAGCGAGCUCAGAGACCUCUUGCAGGACCAUCAAGCAGAUCCUGCAGAGGGUGCCGUCGCACGUCUGAGAGAAGCGUGUGCUGCACAGGACCAGCAGCUUCGACGACUGGAGGCCCUAGUAGAUCCCGGACAAAGUGCGCAGCGCGACGAGGAUUUCUGUGGACUCCUGGUUCGAGUCGAAGGGCUGGAGCAUCGACUGGAGCUGAUCGACGAGGAGGCGAUUUCGGAAAAGGCUGAUCGGACGGAGCUUCACCGCUUGGAUCUUGCUGUGCAAGAGAUCUCCGAGCCUCUACGGCGCCUGUCGCAACGAACAGCCACCGCUGAAGCUCGCGCAUCGAACUUGGAGCACAAGUUCGAGCAGCUACAGGUAGACCACAGCCCUGCUCCAACUCCAACGGCAGCAGCAACCUCCCCUAUGAAUGAAAGCUUUGCGACGAGAGCAAGCCUAGAGGCCUUGUCCCAAGAGCUGGCACAGGCCGUGGCUCGCAUCGUUGAGAUGGAAGCGUUAGUGCAACGACCUCCGCAUCCACAGCCUGCCAGCGAGGCACUCGAGGUUGAUGCAAGCCGGGUCAGCGCACUGGAGUCCUCUGUCCAAGUUGUUCGAAAGCACAUGGAGCAUCUGGAGCAGCAUUUGAAAGACCAGAUCCAGAAUCUUCCUGCGCGUAUGAGUUCAGCUGGUGAAGAGGCAGCACACUUCGAGGAGCUUUCUGCGCGCGUCUCGAAAGCUCUGAAGCUAGCGGAAAGCAGUGGAAGCAACAUGCAGUCUUUGCGAUUUGACUUGGUCGUGGAGCAGGAGCGCGUGGGCAAGCUGGCAGAAGACAUGCGGAAGAUGUCGGGGCGCCUGGAGCUGGCCGAGUCUGCUUCUGAGGACAUGCGGAGAACAGUGCAGGAGCUGCCGGAUCGGUCUGUGCACGAGCCUCUCAGCGAGCUGCAGCCAGCAGUGCAAGCGUUGACGGAGAGGUUCGAGGCUUCCGAGAGCCGAACCUCCGAAGCGUUGCAAAAGAUGCUGUCGAGCAUUGACAAGGUUCAGGUGCUGCAGAAUGGCCUCGAAGGCUCCAAUCGAGACCUCACGAACCUGGUGGAGAGCCUGGCCUCGCGAGUGGAGGCCUGUGAGAAACGGCCCAGAGAGCUUGCGCCUGCGCCCCAGGAUCUCUCCACGAUCAUCUUGGAGGCACGGGAGGCCGCGGCUUCCAGCGUCCAGGAGAAGCUCUCAGAGAUGGGCCACUCGGGGAAGGCUCUCAAAGAGGACAACGAAGACGUGCUGAAAGACAUGCUCAAAGCUCUCAAACAGGAGCUUGAGGAGCAGAAGGAGCAGCUCACGGACAAGGUGACCCACGCCCAGUUCUCUGCUAGCGCAAGCGACUUGACCCGAAAGGUGGAGGCAUCAGAAGCAACAGUAUCCGCCGGCAUGCACGACUUGGAAGCCAAGCUGGCCGAGACGCUGCGAAAGUCGAAGGAAUCAGAGGAUUCCAUCCGCGAAGUCCGCAGCAUAGUUGACGACACGAUUCAACGCGUGGAGGCAACCGAGGCCGCAUCUAAGGCUGUGCGUGAGGAGCUCAUGAACGAGGAUGCCCACGGCGAGGCUUAUGCCCUUGCCAGGACCUGCCAGAAUGACUUGCGUGGAGUUCAUUCAGACGUCGCAGACCUUCAGGCCUCCUUACGCAGCGUGGUCCGCCGCGUGGAGCAGGAUGCCAUCGCCACAGCACCCAGGAAACAGGUGUCGGAUGGUGCUCGUCGGUUGGAGCUGCGGGUCGAAGAGCUCCAGAAGCAGGUGGUGGAGGAGCUGGAGCAGCUUGCAGAGCAGCAGCAGCUCCUGGCAAAGGUAAAGCCAAGCACGGGAGGAAAGCCAGAUGUACAGGACUUGGAACAGAGCGUUGAGCGCCUAGCUGCCCAGGUGGCUCAGGAGCUGCAGGAUUUGAAGAUGCAUCAAGGCGAGCUUGGCAAGGCGCGAGUGCGUCUCCAAAGCGACGCGGGCAAGGCGGCACCCGAAGUUGAAACGAAGGUCUUGGAGCUCCAGAACAAGGUCCUCCAAGAGUUGGAGGCUUUGGGGAAGCAGCAAGAAGAGCUUGGGAAGGCCAAGGCCACCAUGGCAGAUCUGUCGGAUCGGGUUCAGGAGGUGGUUGCGACUGUCACAGAGUGCAAGAAGGUGACGGUCGGAUUGGAAGAACGGCUAAAGCGGCUGUCUUCCAUCGAGGACAGGGCUGCAGAAGGUGGUACAUGGCUUUGCGGACUCUUCUGA